UGCGCAUGAUUCUCGUGCUUUCUGCCUUGCAUCUUGUUACCCGGUUGUGAGAUGUUUAUCACGUAUUCCAAUAUGCCUUUGUGGAAGACAAACACAAUUUUUAAAACAGAUGAGUACAUUUUUGUUUAAGUCGCGAGGCUUAUUGAUCUACAUGAGGCAUGAAGUUAAAUUUCAAUUUCAUUGCAAACAGUAGCCCGAUUCCUUUAUAUGUUUCCACAUUUUUUAUUCUGUGCUGUUGAUUUUUAUAUAAUUCAACACCACGGGUUGUGGCAUUUUUUGUUAUUGUACCACAGUAGUAUUGUUCUAUAACGUUGGUCUAGGAACAUACGCCUAAAAUUAGAAGUAAAAUUAUAGUUUUGUAGGAUUUCCAUUGUGGAAGGGCCCGAGCACAGAAUUAAAGGUACUGAAAAUGAAAAACAGAGAGAGAGAGAGUCAAUAACGUAUACCAUCGAAACACAACAUUUAUAGUAGAGACAGAAAGUUCGAGAAUGGGAAAGUUUUACGAAGGUACAAACACCUUCAGGUUUACAUGGGACCAGGUUGCCCAGGCUUUUUGGGCAAGAUAUCCAAACCCAUAUAGUCAACAUGUUUUAAGUGAGGACGUGUUUCACCGUUAUAUAGAAGAUGGCAAGUUGUACACAAAACGGCUGUUACAAAAAACCAACAGACUUCCAAAGUGGGGAGAAAAAAUUAUUGGAGCUUCAUGUAGAUCUGUGUUUGUUGUUGAAGAAUCUGUUGUUGACCCUAAAAACAAAAUUGUUACAACUUACACAAGAAAUGUUGGAAUGACUUCUGUUAUGGUAGUGGAAGAGAAAUGUGUAUACAGACCCUCGAAAGAAAACUUAAGGUGGACGGCUAUCGUUCGGCAAGCUUGGGUGAGUUCUUCCGUCUUUGGGUUUCGACGAGCAAUUCAGGCCUUUGGUGUGGAGAGAUUUAAGCAGAAUGCCAGCAAAGCAUUCCGGGGCUACCAAUAUGUCUUGGAGCACAUGUUCCAGUCUGGUAUUCAACAGGAGACAGGCACGGCCUUAUUUGUUGACAAAGACAGACUUCGGGAAAGAGCGAAACAGGCAACUAAAUUUGCCAAAUCUAAAACUGUUCCUAUUGUUGCUCAAUGUGCCACUAAUGGCCAAUGAUCAUCAGACAUUCAGGAUGAGGAUUAUUGAAUUUAAGGAUUGAAGGUUUCAUGAGAAAGAAGAGAUGAAACAGUCUAUGACCAAGCUAAUUUUUGCUAGAUAUUUACAAAAUUAAUUUUCGUAGAAUGUUUUUCUUUUCAAUUGGCCAAGUAAUAAGCAGUAGUUCAAACAUGCAUAUACUAGGUACCUACAUAACUGCAUACACAACGAUUACAUUACACACAUACCCAUUCAUCGUGGUUUGUAGAACAGGAUAAGUAUGGUAAUGUUCACAUCGUGUUUUGUUCUUUUAAUUUUGAAAAUAUUCACAAUUACUUGGGACGUACUAACUUAAGCAUAAGUCUUACUCAGAAGCUUCUAAAUUGAAGUAAUGUAGAGAAGUACAUAGAUCUUGAAUUUAUUGGAAACAAAACUCCUCACAUUAAGACAUUUCAUACAAACAUAAAAUGGUUAUGUUACUGGGUCACUAAAACAAGUUCCUUCAGUAAAUAAUAAGCAAUCUUACUAACAUCAGAAUACUCUGAUGGGUGGUAAUCAGUUAGAUUUUUUUAAAAAAAUCAUUUGAACAUCAUAUUAAUUUACUUUGUUAUUGAGGUGAUGUACUUGUUUAGAAAAAUUCAAAAGUGUAGAUACAAAUUGCAUUCUUAUGUCUUAUUAAAAUGAAGCAUUAAAGGGAAAAUCACGUGAAUUAGGACUGUUUAUCUAAUAAAAAUAUGAAACAUAACUGCUGAUACAUAAUAUAGUAGAGAAAAUACAAGAUAAAAAAGUCCAGCUUAUUUGUAUCGAACUAUCUUCAGCUCAUUGAUGUGUUCAUUUGGAAACUGGUAUAAUGUGUGUGUUUCUCAAUAAUUGCUAAGACUAUGUAAAGUUGAUUAGUUAGUUCACAAUUGUGCAUGAAUAGUUUUGUAACUUGCCGGUGUAAUUUGUUGGGUUUUUUUAAUUCGAACUCCUAUCAGUGGUGAGAAUAUUAUUUUGAAUAAAUACUGGUCAGUUAAGUUACAUUCUAAAUGCUUGUCUUCUUUAAAUGGUCUCUGAAUGAGAGAGUUUCCUGUAAAUGUGGAAAACUUAAAAGUCAUUACAUACAGAACUUAUAAACUUAAAGAUUUAUGUAUAUUCUACAUGACUAACUAUAGCUUUAGGCCUACAUCAGGUUACAGCAACAUCUGGUACUGACCUAUCCUGAAACCAGUCAUCAUAUACAUGUUUUUUUUAUUAUUAUUAUUAUUCCAUAUGUAAUAGUUUUUACUUUAUAAAUUCUGUAAUAGAUAAGGUGCCACUCCAUAAACCUUACAUAAAUGGAUCAUAAGUGCUGCCAUCUAGUAAUUUCCAAACUUAAUUAAAAAUCUUUGUAGCACAGCCAGGAUAGUUUUUAGCAUUUUAAUGCAAUUGUAAUAUAGUUGAAAUUACUAAAGAAUGUCUUAGAUUAAUUAUUAUUAAUGUAUACAUUAUAUUUGCUUGUAUAAACAAGUAUUUGGUGUUUAGCAUAAUCCAGGUAUUGAGAACAAACUAAAAAAUUAUGAAAACUGAAACCUUUCAGUGAAUACAAAUGCAUAAUGUGAUGUUUAGCUGUAUUUAUUAAUACAAAAAUAAAGUUAUAUUUCAUAACUAUG